UGUCAGUCCAAUGGUCUAAUUUGCGCCCGUGACCCACCAGCACAAAGACGCCUUGUUUCGCUCUUUCUUCUCUGCAUCAUCUCAAUACAGCAUUUGCCAUGAAGGUCGACUAUUCUUUGUACUUGGUCACUGACUCAACCCAAGGAAUUCUUGGUGAUCGGGAUUUGACAUCUGUCGUCCAGGCUGCCGUGGAGGGAGGCGUCACCGUCGUUCAAUAUCGCGACAAGACUUCAGGUACUGCAGAGCUGAUACGGACAGCCAAGAAGCUGCACCAGGUCACAAAGGCUGCCUCCAUUCCAUUGUUGAUUAAUGAUCGCCUCGACGUUGCCCUUGCUAUGGGCGCCGAAGGCGUCCACAUCGGACAAGACGAUAUUGACCUGCCAACGGCGCGUAGACUCUUAGGAAAAGCCGCCAUCAUCGGCGUGACUGCUAAUUCGGUCCAAGAAGCCGUCAAAGCCGUCGAAGAUGGAGCAGACUACUUAGGCAUAGGAACAGUAUAUGCUACGCCAACGAAAGAGGAUACAAAGUCAAUCAUCGGACCUGCUGGAGUUCGAGACAUUUUGACUGAAAUUGCCGCUAUCAGCGACAAUGUUGCUACAGUUUGCAUCGGAGGCAUUAAUGCGUCCAAUAUACAGCGAGUCCUGUACCAAUCGCAAUCAAGGCUUAAUUCCCUGGAUGGAGUCGCUGUAGUCAGUGCCAUAAUGGCCUCAAGCGACCCUACAGGAGCGGCACGAACCCUGAGGAGCCUAAUCGCAACACAACCUCUCUUCGCAACCAUACAAGCAUCCAAUGCUCUCAUAACCAACGUCGUCAAGAUAGAAGGUCCUAGAAUCAUCCAAGCCCUGGUUACUCAAUCACCACUAUGUCACAACAUGACCAAUUUGGUCGUCCAGAACUUCGCCGCCAAUGUUGCCCUCGCCAUUGGCGCAAGCCCUAUCAUGUCCAACAAUGGCGCCGAGGCCGCGGAUUUAGCAAAACUAGGUGGGUCGCUCGUCGUAAACAUGGGAACCGUGACUUCUGACGGUCUAUCCAACUAUCUGCAAGCCCUCCGCGCAUACAACGCUGUCGGUGGGCCCACUCUUUUCGAUCCUGUUGGCGCCGGUGCAACGCAGCAGCGCCGUGACGCGGUCAAGACACUGAUGGCAGGAGGGUAUUUCGACGUCAUAAAAGGAAACGAGGGAGAGAUCAAGACUGUGGCAGGAAUGGCUGGUGCACAGCAGCGAGGUGUGGAUAGUGGUGCAAGCACGCUAAGUCUCGAGGAGAAGGCGAGGCUCGUUCAACAGCUUGCUACGAGAGAACGGAACAUAGUUCUAAUGACUGGAAAAGUCGAUGUGAUCAGUGAUGGCCGUCGGACGUAUGCGAUCUCUAACGGGCAUGAGCUCUUGGGUAGUAUCACUGGGAGUGGAUGCACGCUUGGUACGACUAUCGCGUCUGUCCUUGCUGUGCAUAGAUCCGACAAGCUCCUGGCUGCUGUUACCGGAAUCUUACUAUAUGAGAUUGCUGCUGAACAGGCUGUAUCUUGUGGAAAUGCCCAUGGGCCCGGCACGUUCAUACCUGCGUUUUUGGAUAGACUAUACCAUAUCAGGACCGUUGACGUACCAGCUGGAACAGGGUUUGAGAACGCAAAGAUUAAAAAUAUUAUUGCGUAGUACAGUG